ACCAGGGUGUGAGCACCGCAAUUGCGUACAGUGUGUGUUUGUGUUUGUGAUGUUGCUGGCCAAUUUGCGCGAUUCCGGAAGUGUGCAAGUGUAGGAUAGCGGAUCAAGAGAGAGAGAGAGAGAGAUCCCGGCGGUCGUACACGCGGUCGGGCUUUUCCGCGGCUGCGUGCCGCAUCGACAGCGGCACUUUUCGGUGUGUACACACGGCACCGCGAGAGCACUCGACGGGGAAGCGGUGGUCGCUUUUGUCACAGUAGCAUCAGCAGCGGCGGCGUCGUCACCGACGACUUCUCUAGCGAUUCCCAAACCCGACAAAAUAGGCAAGACGCGUUCCGCGGCGACGUUGGCGGCUGCUGCUGCUGCUGCUGCGUCUGUUUGUGCUGCGCGUUAGUGUUUUUGUUCUAUUUUUGUAAGUGAAUCGCUGCUUCCCGUGUCCCCUUGCGGUACCACUGGUGGCGCAAUUUCGGGACGAGUUUAUUUGCGAGGCGAGCGGCAAUCGGGCGGUGUGUUUGCUUUUAGUGGUGCAGUGUGUGCGAAAUUCGAUGCAGAAAACGAUAUACGGAGGUGUCUUCGGGCAGGACACGGAAUUUUGUAGACACGAAAACAUUCCUCUCUGGGUGGCAGAAAGGGAGCGUGCGGGAGAAAGAAUGCCCAAAAUAUGAGCGUUCUCGUAUUUUAACAUCACCACCUCCACCACCACCGGCGUUUGAUAGAGGAGGAUCGUGUGUCUGCAACAAAAAGGGAUCACCGCUAAUCACAGCGCAAUCAAUCAACGUCGGACGGACAAUCCACUUCAAGGUUGCACACAUACACACCCACAGUACGGUCGCCACACCAAUUAUGCGCCAGCGGGACCAGUCCGACGAUAUCAGCGCCAUGUGCCGAGCGUCCUGAAGCGUUGGAGACUACUUCCCCGGUCUGCUGCGGUUCUUUAGCCACAGUUCCUGCCCAUCCCGUCCUUCUUCCCAGUAUUCGGCUCUUUCUCUCUCUCUCUCUCUCUCUGUGUACGUCUAAUCGGAUCGAAGGACGAUCGAUGGACGAAAGCGUGGCGCGACUACAUGAAAGGACACACCAGGACCAAAUGGCGCAUCAUUAAGCGCCUCUUUCUAUUCUUUACCACCCUCUCAGUUAUUCCACUCACCGUACUCUACCUAAUCACUUCCGAUCAGCUCUACCGUUUUCGCCAGUACACGUACGGAGCAAUCGCUGGCAAUGGAUCGACACGCCAGCAGCUGCUCCCGUUCCGUGUGCCGCUCCAUCCACCCGACGGUAUCGUGCACCAUCUCCGGCUCGCGCAGCACCGGCUACGGCCGCAGCAGCACGCACAGCACGAACGGCAGGCCGGGCCGGAUCACUACUCGGCGCGGGCCGCGCUCAAGAACAACGCUACGCUCAACAGCCAGUAUCGGCUGGACAUGGAGUACAUGAAGCGCCGGAUGGAGCAUCGGGUCGAGCGGUUGCAGAAAAAGUGCGCCGAGCACCGGCUGAACGAGCCCAAGCACAACUAUAAACCGAAGGCGUGGGAAUAUCUGAUCCAGCCCGAGUACCAUCUCGUCUGGUGCAACGUGUUCAAGGCGGCCUCCACCUCCUGGAUGUACAACUUCAACCUGAUGGCGGGCUACACGCCCCAGUUUCUGCGCAAAACGAAGGACGUCCCGUUGCAGCUGGCCCGCCAAAAGUACCCCCGGCCGUCGGUGGAAAAGCUAAAGCAAGCCAUCAACGAAUCGAUAUCGUUCAUUAUCGUGCGGCAUCCGUUCGAGCGGCUGGUGAGUGCGUACAAGGACAAGAUACAGUACGCACUGCCGAACUCGCACCACCACAAGCUGGGCAACCGGAUCAUACAGAAGUACCGGAAAACGGUCAACGGGAAGCCGACGACACUGCUCAAACAUCCGACCUUUUCCGAGUUUGUCAAUUACCUGCUGGACGAGAUCAAGCAUCCGCACUACGAGAUCGACAUGCACUGGGUGCCGGUGACGCACUUCUGCACGCCCUGCUUCUUCCAUUACGAUGUGAUAGCGAAGUUCGAGACGCUCGAGGAGGACCAGAACUAUCUGGUCGCGAUCGGCCACCUGGACAGUGUGAUUAAGCCGCAGUGGAAAAACGCCGGCAAGGGGGCGCACACGAACGACGUGCUCGCCCGGUUCUUCUCGGAGCUGGACAACGCCCAGAUCCGGGGACUGUACGACUACUAUCGGUUCGAUUUCGAACUGUUCGGCUACAGUGCCAAGGGCUACUUUAAGGACUUAAUUACGAACUAGUUUAGUGAGCAAAAACGAACAAACAAAAAAACACAAGGCGAUGGCGCGGCCCAAUUCUGUAUCUUCUUGACCCCUUUUGUCGUUCCGUUGUAGUGAAACCAAAUUGGAAAAAUUGAUUAAUUGAUGAUAGAACGCUCUGAGAGAGGGGGGAUAAAUCCUUCCAGUUCGCAACGGUCGCUUUCUACCUUUUCUCCCCCUAUUCUAGACGUGCCGAGCAGCAAAAUUAGGACAAUUUAAAUAGUGAGAUAUCAUGGAUUACGUCAAAUUACUAGCGCGAUAGCAAACUUCUACACACUAAUUCCAUUUGAACGGUGGAGACACGCAUCAAGGUAAAGAAUGGAAGGGACGACGAGCGCGGGAACGUUUGGACGGCCUAGUGAAACUAAAAAGCAGAACAGAAAAGACACACCGAAAGGAGAGAGGGAGACACAAACACAGAGAGAAAGACACUAAUUAAAAGACAACAAUUGCGCGGAACAGCUUAGGAUUAGUGUAGCGGGCAUUAAUAUUAUACAUUCAGUAAGGAAAAGAAAGCAUAAUAAUAACAAAGGAAAACGGAAACGGCGCCAGCCAGAGUGCCGGAGAAGGAAUAUUUUCUACAUAUUUGAGAGCAAAGCAAAACUAAGAAAACAAGAAAAGGAUAAUCAAAACCCAACUAGCUAAACCCCAUUACUAGCUAUUUAAUAUAGGAGAUACGUCCAUUAGCGAUUAAGGCGAGGAACAAAAUGGGGCGGAGACGAACACAUACAUAUGAUUGCAUGUUUCGAUGUAGAUUAUUUCUCGAACCAGUUUUACGCGCAAUUAGGUUUUUCGUUCGAUACGAUUUCGGCAGAUUGAUUACAAAGCAAGCAUGAAUUUCAAAAUUAAGCUUAGCGUAAAAUUAUUGAAAAAAAAUAAAAAUAAUAGCAGAACGCUCCCAACCCCGAUCCAUUUAGUGGUAAAACGAUCCUGCUUUUGCGGCAAACCACAGGAGAGGCUUACCAAAAGAGGUACCAAAACCGUGAUUGAUACAGUAGUUUUUAAGGCGUAGAUAGCGUGUUUUCUUCAUCGUGCAGGUUAGGUUGUGUGUGUGUGUGUGAGGAAGAUUCGAUCCUACUUUUCGUUUUGUUUCGUUUUGUGUGUUGUGCAGCAAUUGUUAAGCCCCAUGGGAAGCAGAAAGUUUGGCUUCCUAUUUGCGUAUUUGGAACAGGCUAGUCAAGGAUAGAAAUAGAAGAAAUGGGUAGCUCCCUCUGCCAGGGAUGUGCGUUAGCGACAUUGUUUUUAAUGGUUGUUGUCCGGUUUGCUUCAAGCACUUUAGCAGCUGUAGAGCAUUAGCGGAAGUUUCUUUCCACUAACACAGACACACAGACACACAUACACGCAAACAAAUGUAUUCCAACGUAAGUUUCAACACCAAAGAUAUCAAUUCCAAAACCGACCCAGUUGGUGGAGAGAUUGUACAAAGAAACGAAACGGGAUGUGUAUCAUGAUAUCAGACGGGUGGGCAGAAGAGAAGGAAAAGAAGGAUACACCACACAAAUCAGAUUCGGUCGGUUUAUCGGUAUUAGAGAUAGAUUGCUAAUCACUUAGUGCAAGAAAGCAAACCCCCGCAAUCACACGCUUUCCAAAUUAUAGUGGGAAGGUAGAAUAGAAAAAAUCAGUUUUCCAAAAUUUCGUAGCAAAAAAAAUACCACUGAGACCAAAAUUUGUGCUCGAAAAGAUUUCACCGCUAUUUGGAUGUGUAAGUUCAAAUUCGGCCCAUUGAAAAUACAAUAUCGGAAUCGGAAUUCAGGAGCUUGUGCCGGGGGAGCAAACGACAGAACGUAGUGUAGUUUUGAUUCCGUUUUUUUCCAAAUCCGUUCCUUUUCCCCUUGAAAAAAAAGGACGAAUAGAGGAACAUUUAAGAUCUAAACACUUAUGCAAUAGCAGUACGAAAACAAAAAUGGCAAUAAAUAAAAUUCUAGUAAACUUCA